ACGGUAUUCUGGUCACUCUGGUCCGCGUUGUUGUUUGUUGAUGUUUACGAAACAGCAGCAGCAGCAUCAGCAGCAGCAGUAGCUGUCAGGCGUCCAUUCGAGCGAAUGGAAGGAGGACAAUUUCUUUUCGGGGCGGCCACUGGAACAUGGUAAAAACUCGAAUGAUUACCAAACAUUGUCCAGAGUGUGAGGUGCAGGUGGCGAUUGCGUCGAAGAAAUGUUCCUGCGGCCACGUGUUCAGCAUGCGGCAGUCCAGCGCGGCCGUGUACGAGCCGCCGUCCCGCACCAAAGCGGGCAAGCGUAAGGCGGCCCAAGCAGCGUCCGCCAGCUCGAGCGAUGGGCGCAAGGGCUCCGGGCAGGUGCAGCGCCGCCGGACCAGCCGGGUCCGGCGCGAAAAGCCCAACUACUACGACUCCCUGCAGUACGAGAAGAAGAAGAAGAAAACGAAGAAAUCCUCAAAAUCGUCCCUUUUCAAAGGGAAAGAUGCUAAGCAAACGCAACUGAUAACGGCCAAGGACACGCAGGCAGCAAGAGCAAACCGGCACGCGAACCGUCGGGCGAAGAAGGAAGAGAUCGACGGUGGUGGGGAUCUGGCUGCAAAACUGCCGCUCGACAAGCAGGAAGUAGCCGCUAUAAUUUUAUCGGAAAUUAAUCGUAAAAUCGGUUCCGUCGUGUGGACGCAACCCUAGCAGACAUACACCACGCUGUAAAUCCGUCGUUAGAUUAAGUCUCACUAAAUAUAACUCUUUUCCAUUGUAAA